CGUUCAAAUUUGUGCUCGUUAACGUCUUAGCGGGUUUGUGGUUAUGCCAAAGCAAUGUGUGUGUACGGUUUCAUUUGAAUAAAUUGUCGCAGCGCGGUAGUGAGGCGUAACGAACAAAUAGCGGUAUUUCGUUUUUUAUUUUUAAUUUAUAGAAAAGUUAACAAUGAAAUGUGUUGCUUUCAUAAAUGAUUUAAGAAUUUGCAAGAAAAUAGCAUGAAUAACAUAAUAAUGUAAAUGUACUAAUAAAAAAAAGAAAGGUAAAUACAAGUUUGUAGUGCAGUGUGUAGUAAUUUGAAGCAGAAAAGCGGUAAACGUGAAAUGAAACUAUGCUGAAGUUAAUUUCUGAUUGCGGCCAUCUUAACGACUGCGUUAAUAAAAAUAACAGUUUAAAUAAUUGUUGAAUAAAAUCACAAGAAUUUAUUUAUAAAUAAUUAAAUAAAAAUUAUUUGCAUAGUUGCAUAAAUACAAUUGCAUGCGAAUUGUUAUUGUUUUAUUUUUUUUUUGAUUUGUAUAUGCCGCUUAAGCACAACAAUACUUUUUUAACCAAAAAAAAAAAGAAAAACAAUUACAAUUUAUAUAAACAAAAGCAAAAAUACUGCCAACAAAUUUGUUAAGAAAUAAAAAUAUGAAUAAGGCAACGUUCUAAAUUUAUCGGUUUAUGUUGUUAAUUUUUAUUAGCUUGGCUUAGAAACAUAAUAUAGUGUGUAGCAAAUUGCUGCCCACCAGUGCGUCAUAUCUGCAAACGUGUAUGUGCAUAUUUUUAUACACAUUUGCCAACAUAUGCAUGUGUAUUCCUGCACGUAUGUACGUUUGUGCUUGCGUAUUCCUAACUUGAUUUAACCAGUAAACAGAAUAAAGGUGUUGAUCUUGCUUAAGGAAUUUAAAAUAAAAAUUAAAAAAAUAUUUAAACAGUGAAGUAAUCGUACUCACACUCAUUUUAUUAUUUCUCCCUCUCUUUCGGCAUUAAGCAAAAUAUUUAAGCCAAGCUUUUGCGUAAAGUUUUUGGCCCAGUGAAAAGUAAUUAUGUGAAACGAAGUGAGAAUUGAAACGGCUAUUGUUUUGUUUUUGUUUUUGCUUUUGCGUGAUUAUUAAAAGUUCUAAGAGCAAAAGAGCAACAGGUUAAAUUAACUUGGCACAAAAUAAACAAGAAAAGUAUAAAUAAAUACGUUUUGUUUUUGCGAGCUAGAGAGCGGAACACGGACGGCUUUUAAACGAACCCACAUUUAAUGAAUUAAACGGCAAAAGCAAUUUUAUUUAUUCGCAAAGGCACAAACACAGAAGCAAUAAGACAAUUUAAAAUCACUCAGAUAUUGAAGGUGAAUUUAAAGUAACUCUAUUCAUCGGAUCGCAAAUUAUGCUUUUUGAUCUCAUCAUAUUCGGAAGUGACCUUUUAACGUGUGCUUGCUAGUCGUGACCUUCAAAAUUACAGAAGAAAGGAAAAGAAAAGAAAUCUAUCGAAAUCUCAGCUGCCGUCUCACUUAAUUAUGCUGAUCGAUAAAAAAUGGCGAAAUCAAAAACUGCUCUUUAUGCUGCUGGGUUAACUUGUUACGGGUUCUUGUGCUUCGCUUUGGCUUCAGCCGCUAUUGGCAUACCCAUUUGGGGCUACUACGACAGUUCAAAUGGUGGCUACGACUACGACCGUGGAUACUUUGGUCCCUUUAAAGUAUGUAAACAGUUGGCAUACAAUCGUGAAAAGUGUGGUAAUGAAGUCUCCAAAUUUCGGCUUAACUCUGCCGUAUAUGUUAGUGGCUUAUUGGCCAUCAUUAGCUCAGCUGCGCUGGGUAUAUUCUGCAUUUUAUCGGUGAUACAAAUUGCAAUGAUUUCAUCACGUGAUAAGGUUGUGAUGUCAUAUACUAGCUUAGUAAUGUUAAAAUUGAUCUUAGCAAUAAUUGGAUGUAUACUAGCAUUGAUUGCUGCUGUCCUCUUUGCUUUGCAAAUAGAUGAAUCGGAAAAGUAUGGAUUUAGAAUCUCACGUGGUAUAUCAUUUUAUUUACAGAUAGUUACCAUAAUUUUAAGCAUAGGACUUGUCUUAACCUCAGUAUAUGAUAUGCUUUUCUCACGUCGCCCUGGAGGAGACCCAACGAUGACUGUAGAUGCUUCAUCACCAUCUAGUGCAACAACAUAUAAUAAUCCAGGCUAUAAAGAGCCACGUACCAAAAAUGGUGUUUCAGUCACAGAUGCUUCCGGCAAACCUUAUAGCAAUAUACGCAAUGGAAGCAGUGUGGCGUCGUUGAGUACAACAGUGACAAGCGUUUCAAAUGGUUCGACUAUGGAAUCAGUUACACGCUCACCUUUACGUUCCAGUUUGAAAAAACCUCGACCACCUCGAGAUAAUACGUUAGGCAUACAAAAUCCAGGGUUCUCUGGCUCAGGGAGCUCGCCGCCUAUGAAUCGUAGUGGUAGUGUUAAGAAAGUACGAAUACAGACACACAGUACCGAGGUGUGAAAAUUUAAUUUGACACACUUAGACAUAAAAUUUUUAUUACAUUUAAUUAAAAACAAAAAAUAAAUUAAAUUAUUAAAAUAAAAAUAAAACAUUCGCAUAUUCAAUGAAACAAAGACUGUGUAUAGAGAAAAAUCAUUAAGAAAUUAAAGUUCUAAAAUAAUACAAAAAAAAAAACAAAAAAACAUUUACAUAAACACAGAUACA